CACGUUUCACUCCUCAGUCCUCAGCUGCGAACGGCGAAACGGCCGAAACCUGCGAUUGCGAUUAGCGAAGCGGCGAAUCUCACCGACGGGGCCGAUCACCGACGCUGACCAGCCCUGCUCCGCGAGACGGCGAGACCGCCGACCAGCCCUGCUCCUUGAAUGCGACCAACGUUGCUCCGCCACGCGACUAGCCUGCUCCGCGAAUGCGACCGCCGGCCAGCCUGCUCCGCGACCGCGACCAGCCUACCGGCUACUCCUCUAUCCCUCUACGCUGCUUUAAUUUUCUCACGGGUAAUGGAUUUGGGAGAAAAGCUGCUAAAGUUCUUAAAGCAAACUUCUUGGUGUGGCAAUCUUGGACUUCACUUCUUGUGGCUUAUUAUACAUUUUUUUGUUGGUAUAUGGUACUUUGUGUUGGGCAUAGCCCAAACCAUUGAGAGUUUUCUUAUCUCUAAUGGCUUCUGGAAGAGUUACAAAUCUCUAAAUAUCAGCAAAAUUCAGCACUUGGCAGUUGUUAUAGACUGCGAAGAAGCUCGAGAGACUUCAAAAGUUCUUGAACUUCUGCAGUUUCUUGCAACUAUUGGUGUAAAGAACGUCUCCCUCUAUGAUAGUGAAGGAGUGCUAAAGCAGUCCAAAGAAGCCAUCAAGGAGGAGUUGAGCCGUAUAAAGUUCUAUGAGAGAACUUCUUUGCCCACUCCACUUUUACACAAGUAUAAUAAUCUGGAGUUUGUCUCAUCAGCUGAUGGAAAACAUGCAGUGGGCAAAGCAGCUAAUUUCCUCUUUGUCAAGCAUUAUACUGGCACAAAUUUGCAGAAGCACACUUUUACAGAGUCAGACGUAAUUGAUGCACUGACUGUUAUUGGUUGUUGUGGACCAGACCCUGAUCUCUUACUAGUUUAUGCUUCUGCAAGAUGCCACCUGGGUUUCCCAGCAUGGAGACUACGGUACACAGAGAUUGUACAUAUGGGGCCAUUGAAGUCGAUGAAAUUUGGAUCCCUCAUGAAGGCCAUUUAUAAGUUCACAAUGGUUCACCAGAAUUAUGGCAUAUGAACCAUUACAAAUGGACCCAAACACACUGGUAUUUUAAACAUAUGCAAGAUGAUAGAUGAUGAUGAUCAUUUAUCAAGAUGUGGAUUUGUAUUAUUAUUUAUAUUCAACUUGAUCAUUUUGACUAAUAGCAUCAUCUCCACUUUCCUAUAGAAAAAGGAAUGGUCAACUUGUUGAUUAUGAUUAAUGACUAGCAUCUUUGCAUUUGCAUCCAAUCCCCCAUGGAAGGCCAAAAUAUUUGGUACAGAAAAACUUGUCAUCAAUACAAUAAGUACUUAUUUGUAAGUCAACUGGAAUCUAAUGAUACUGUACUUUGUC